UAUGCCCUUUGUGUUUUGAAGGUUCAAGGUCAUUGACUGUGUUAAUCAACCGUGUUGCGUGUUAUCAAUCUGAAAAUCUAAAAAAUCCUCCGAUAUCAUAACUCGUAUUGAAAAAAAUACAGAUAGGUAGCUUAAUAAUGGUAUAAAAAGUGGAUUACGUGUUACUUCCACUUCGAUCGGCGGUCGUCGGUCACAGUGGAUUAAAAACUCGUUAAGUGCAGCGAAAAAUAUAGUUUGGGGCCCACUUUGAUAAUAGUUCUAGUCAAAUUCAAGAUGUGUGCGAGUCCAACGUCGAUUUUUGACGAUUGGAAAGAAUUAACGGAGGAUUUUAAGGAAUUAGAGACUUCGAAUAGAACUUAUUUGGAGAAAUUAGAUGAAGUCGAUAAGGUUCAAAAGAAAUGUAUCGAACACGUUGGGAAGCAAAAGUACCGAUUAGGAAUUAUUUCCAGAAAUUUAAAGGAGUUAAAAAAGAACGACCAUGAUAAAGGGCAAGUUGAAGAAUUGGAAAAUAAAAUUUUGAAAAGAACAGCUCAUUUGGAAGAAAUUGAACAAACCUUACCCAAGAAAAAUGGAGUUUAUUUAAGGAUUAUUUUAGGAAAUGUGAAUGUUUCGAUUUUAAACAAGGAGGCAAAGUUUAAAUAUAAAGAUGAUUACGAAAAGUUCAAAUUGGUUUUAAGUAUAAUAGGAUUCAUAUUUGCUAUCCUUAAUUUAUGUGUUAGAUUUAGGGCUUUAGAAUUAUGUAAUAUUUUCUUACUGGUUUGGUAUUAUUGCACCUUAACAAUAAGAGAAAGUAUUCUAAAAGUAAAUGGUUCAAAAAUUAAAGGUUGGUGGAGACUGCAUCAUUUUAUAUCGACGGUAGCAGCUGCAAUUCUGUUAAUUUGGCCUGAUCAAACGACUUGGCUUGAAUUUAGAAACCAAUUUAUGUGGUUCAACGUUUAUUUAAGUGUUGUUCAAUAUUUACAAUUUAUUUACCAAAGGGGCCAAUUAUAUCGCCUAAAAGCGCUUGGGGAGCGUCACAAUAUGGAUAUAACAAUAGAAGGUUUCCAUUCGUGGAUGUCACGCGGGUUAAGCUUUCUCAUUCCAUUUUUAUUUGUCGGCUAUAUUUUCCAAUUAUAUAACGCUUACGUUUUAUAUCAAUUGAGUUUUUACCCAAGCGCAACUUGGCAUAUUAAAGUACUCAGCUGGAUGUUUUUGGUUCUGUUUAUUGGUAAUGCGACAACUACCACGUUGGUCAUUCCAAGUAAAUUUAAAGAGAGAGUGAAGCAACGGUAUAAACUUAUGAGUCAAGUUAUUUUAAAAAGGAAGAAAUUUUUAGAGACUGGAGCUAAGGAACCAAAGAAAACAGAAUGAAAGGGAAACUAUGAGUUAAUAAUAAUAAACUAAAUAAUAAAUUUGUGUAACUCAAACCGUGUAUAUUGAGAUGUCUGGAAAAAAUACAAUGUAUUAUUUUUGUGUA